UGUUUGAUCGUGCCAUACCGUACCUUAACGUGUGAAAGCGAGGCUUGUUGCCUCUUGUUGUUCAAUUUAUAAAGUUUUAUACGUUUUAUUUCAUUGUAAGAAAAAUAUAAUGACGAAAUCUUCGGCUUAUGAGUGUACCGCUGAGAUUUUGACUGAUGGAGGAGUUAAAUUAUCGAAAUAUAAAUCAACCAAAAGCGGCAUGACCAUAUGCAUAGCAGAAGCUGAUGGUCCUCUUGUUGGCGGUUAUUUAUGUGUCGCUACUGAAGCACAUGAUGAUGAUGGUUUACCACAUACAUUGGAACAUUUGGUAUUUAUGGGCAGUGAGAAAUAUCCAUACAAGGGUGUUUUAGAUUUAGUUGCUAAUCGUUGUUUAGCACAAGGUACAAAUGCCUGGACUGAUACUGAUCAUACUUGCUACACUAUGUCUACAGCAGGUGAUGAAGGAUUUCUGAAACUGUUACCAAUUUAUAUUGAUCAUUUGUUAUAUCCAACUUUAACAGAUAGUGCUUUUGCGACAGAAGUUCAUUCCAUCAAUGGCGAAGGAGAAGAUGCAGGUGUGGUGUAUAGUGAGAUGCAAACUCGUGAAAAUUCUGGUGAAAGUCUUUGCCAUUUGGCAAUGCUUCGAUCAAUGUACCCUGGGCACUGUGGCUAUAAAUCAGAGACAGGUGGACUUCUAAAAAAUUUGAGAGAAAGUACUUCCAAUGAAAAAGUUAGAGCUUAUCAUAAGGAGUUUUACAGACCAGAAAAUUUGUGUGUCAUUAUAGUUGGCCAGAUCAAUGCCCAGAAAGUUUUUGAAGCCUUAGAACCAGUUGAAGAAAGAAUUGCGACUGAUACUGAAAGAACACCAUUUGUUCGCCCAUGGCAAUCUCCAGUUCCACCCCUGCCAGAAUCUGUGACUUUAGAAGUAAAUUAUCCUUCAGAUGAAGAUGAACAUGGUUUAGUUAUAGCUGCAUGGCGAGGACCAUUGGCUAAUGAUUAUUCUCAGUUGAUAUCCAUCCAAAUCUUAAUGGACUAUUUAACUGAUACUUCAGUUUCGCCUUUAAAUCGUGAGCUUGUUGAAACUGAUGAUCCUUUAUGUAAUCAGGUGGACUAUACUGUGAUAGAAAACUUCGAAUCUUGCAUUUAUCUUCAUCUUUCUAAUGUUCCUGUAAAAAAGUUGCAAGAAGUUAAAGAAAAGUUGUUUGAUGUUCUAAAAACCAUAGCUGAUGGUAACGAGGAGCUGGACAUGGAACGUAUGAGAACUGUUAUAAGAAAGAAGAAAUUGUAUAUUUUAAGCAAUAUGGAAAACAAUCCUCAUGAUCAGUUAGCUAGUUGUUUAAUUGGAGAUUUCUUGUAUGGUUCUACUUUUGAAGAUUUAAAGCACAGAGUGCAGGAGAUCCCAACAAUUGAAAAGUUGUUUCACGAGUCCCCACAAUUUUGGUUAAACCUAUUGAAAAGAUACAUAAUAGAUGGAAAAUAUGUAAUUGUUAUGGGUAAACCUAGUCCUACUUUGUCUUUAGAAAUGGCUGUGCAAGAGAAGCAAAGAAUAGAAGAGCAGCAGAAAAGAUUAGGACCUGAAGGAUUAAAAGAGAAAGCUAAGAUUCUUAAGGAAGCUGUGGAAGCUAGUGAGGUUCCACCACCAAAGAAAAUGCUAACAUCCAUUGAUGUGCCAUCUGUAAAAUCAAUCAAAUUCCACCCCAUAAAAAGAAUUUGCAAUGUGUUGAAGACAGAGGACAACAAUGUAGAUUUCAACAUUAACAGUUUGCCUUGUCGUUUCCAGUUAGAUGUAAUUAAUACUAAUUUUGUGAGGCUUUAUGUCCUAAUGGAUAGCAGUCAUUUAUCGCAAGAGUUGAGAAUGUACCUGCCUUUAUUUGUGGAAUUAUUAGAUGAAAGUGCUAUCAAAAGAGAUGGUGAGUUGGUACCUUAUCAGGACGUUGUGAAACAACUUGCUGAAGAUACUAUUUCUAUAUCUGCUCACUUGGGAUUAAAUUAUAGUCGUUUCUUUUGUGGGAAAUAUGCUCAAGUGAUUUCUCUUGAACUUAUGGUUGAAGAAGAAAAGUACACAAAAUCAGUGGAAUGGAUUCGUGAGAUUCUGUAUCAAAUAGUGUUCGAACCUGCAAGAAUCAAAAUUUCUGUGAACAAAAUGUAUGCUGACUUAGCCACUUUGAAGCGAAAAGGCAAUUCUGUUUUAAAGACCGUUAUCAAAAAUUUACUUUUUGUUCCUGAAAGUAAUCAUUGGACUGCUAACAUGUUGAGACAAUCCCAAUUUUUGAGCAAAGUGUUAGAAAAACUUGAAUCAAAUCCAAGUGAGGUUGUUGAGAAAUUGAAUACUUUAAGGGAAAUUGUGACUAGACCUGAAAGAAUGACGGUUCACCUUGCUGCCAAUUUAGACAAUCUUAAGAAAAAGCUACAACCUGAGCAACCAUGGGUAGAAAAAUUUUUACCUCCAACUGUUUCACCAGGAAUAAUGAGUUCUCCUAUUAAGAAGUGCUAUGAGCUUCUUCGAUCAGGUUCUGAAGAUGGCCCACUUGGUUUAAUUGUUGGCGUUGGAUCUGUUGAAACAUCUUAUCUCCUGCAAUGUUCUCCUUGUGUCACAUCCUAUACAGAUCCUGAUUAUGCUCCGCUUUUAGUUUUAAUCCAGUAUCUUACUCAGCUGGAGGGUCCAAUGUGGCGUCAGAUACGAGGACUUGGAUUAGCCUAUCACUAUAAUAUAUAUUUAGAUCCUGACACUGGCUUAAUUUAUUUUAUUCUGUCAAACUCUACACAUUUGCUCACAGCUUAUAAAGAAGGUUUUAGCAUAGUUGAAUCGCAUUUGAAUGGAAAAUCAAAAUGGGAGAAAGAAUUUUUAGAAUCAGGCUCAAGCAGUCUGGUAUUUGAUAUUAUUGAGAAAAUCAAAACUGUUGCUGAUGUAGCAGAGGAAUCUUUGAAAGCUUAUUUCUCCAACACGGACAUGAGGUACACCCAGGAACUGCUCGAAAAGAUUUCUCAAGUUACUACUUCUGAUAUGGAGCGUGUUGGUACAAAAUACUUAAAGCCACUUUUUGAUGGAACUGUUUCGAAAUGUGCUAUUGUUUGUCAUCCAAGUAAAGUUAAUGAAGUGAUAGAAGGCUUCCAAAAGUUUUCUCGAAAAUUAACCCAACUGCCUUCCUUGGAUGAUCAGUUUGUUACAAAAUAUUAAUGUUUUAUUCAAAACUGUUAUAAUAAAAUUGCUUAUUUUGA